AUGUCCACCGCAUAUAUCGCCUCACUUAAUUAUGCUAGAAACCAGAUUGGCUUGUAUUUUGGUAUUCCAGUAUUUAUUAUGAGUGUCAUCGGAGAAGUGUUAAGUAUUAUUGUACUUCUUAGUUUAAAAACAUUCCGACAAAGUUCUUGUGGCUUUUAUCUUCUAAAUAUGUCAAUAUUUAAUCUGAUUCGUCUUUGUUUAAGUUCAGUUUUUGUUAUAAUGUCCAUAUCGUUUGAAAUCGAUUACUCCAUUUCAAUAUUCUUCUUUUGUCAACUACGAAAUUUCGUUGUUACUACAUGUAACAUGGGUUCAAUUACUUGUUUAGGCAUGGCGGUCAUCGAUCAAUACUUUGCUACCUGUUUUCGUCCACGAUGGCAACAAUGGGCUAAUAAAAAUAUCGCUUAUCGCGUGACACUCAUCACCACUCUAUUUUGGAUACUCAACGGAAUUUUCUAUGUCAUAUUUUUUAACAACAUCUCCCCAGCCAGCCGAGCCACUUGUGUGACGUCCAAUUAUAUCUUUCUUCAAUAUCAUAUCUACGGUUAUUUUAUUAUUUACAAUAAUCUUUUGCCAUUGGUAACAGUUAUAUUUGGCGUGAUGGCUUUUCAUAAUGUACGACAUUUAACACAUCGAACAAUCCCUCUCGUUCGCCGCGAUUUAGAAAAGCAAUUAACAGUCAUGGUGCUUGUACAAACCACAAUUCAUGUGUGCACUUAUCUACCAUUCGCUACUAUUAGUAUAGUAUCAGCAUUAAAAGCAAACCCUAGUUCUGUCUAUUUGGCCGAGAUGAAUUUCAUAAAUGCUGUUGUUUACAUCAUUUCCGUUUACAGUAAUGGGGUAAGACGAACUUCUGAUCUAAUAUAG